UAUUUGUCAUAUAUCAUAUGUUAAUUACAUUGCAUUGUGCAAUAAUGUAAACAUAAUAAAGUUAAUUGUAUUCUGAGUGAGUCACUAUUGCAGUAAACACUAUUUAGGAUAUUUCAAAAAAUUAUAAUAAAAGUUUUGUGGAUGAAUCAUUCACAAAAUGGUAUAGUACUUCAUUUAAAAAUUUUCUUUAUAAUAGAAAAAUUGUAUUCAUUCAAAAGCGGCAAAAUUAUUAAGGCUAAGAAAAAGUAGCAAAUUAAAAUGGAAGAAGGAAAGAGUAAAAAUAUUAAGGAUUUAAAAAUUCUAUUUGUUUGCAUCGGAAAUUCAUGUCGAUCGCCAAUGGCGGAAAGUGUUUUGAAAAAUAUAACUCAUAAUAAGGAUUUGAAUUGGAUAAUUGAUAGUGCUGCUUUACGGUCUUGGAAUGUGGGAUAUCCUCCAGAGCCUAGAUGUUUGCAAAUAUUAAGCGAACAUGGACUUACAAGUGAUCAUAUCGCUCGUAAAAUUACCAUUGAAGAUUUCAGCAACUUUGACUAUAUAUUUGGUAUGGAUGAUCUAAACAUGACGGAGUUAAAAGAAUUGGCACCAACAAAUUCCAAAGCAAAAGUGCAAUUAUUAGGAGUUUAUGGAAAUCCGAAAGACAAAAUAAUUUUAGAUCCAUAUUUUGAACAUGGAAUUCAUGGAUUCGUUAGAUGUUAUGAUCAGAUUUCACUUUGUUGUAAAAAUUUUGUAAAUACUAAAUUAAGCAGUUCUGAUAAUGAUAGUAAUUAACAUUUGAGUUGAUAUUCUAAUUAUCUAUGUAUAAUACUAGAAAAUACUUUUAGGACAAAAUUUAUAUUGCUUUAUAUGGUAUACAUAAAAAACUAAAAAGCCUUUAAUUAUUAAAAAUGAAGUUUUUUUAUUAGAAUAUAUGAUUGUGAAAUAAAAAUAUGAAAGUUCGAAAGUUAA